AUGUCGCUCGCUCGGGCAUUCACGACCCGAAGGGUCAAGCAGAGCUUGGAGGCGGCCGAGGCAGGAAAGGCACCCCAUCACAGCAACUCGACCAACUUGAAGUCAUCAGUCGGCUCUCUCCGCCACAAGAUCUCGAGCCCAAUUGAACUCAUUCACACCACCAAUAUGCUGUCAUACAAUGCCCCAGAUAUCCAUCCCAUGUCGGCGUCCUCCACGGGCUCUUCCCAGAGAUCCGACGACGACAUGUCGGACAGCGGCCUCACAAACGGCACCACUCCCCCCACAAGUCCCGACGUCGAGUCUUCCUCAAAGCGAUCUCUCUCACCGGAACCAAACCACCUGUCGAGCCUUUUCGCCGCCCCCGGCCACCACCAGGCACCGGCGCCCGCGAUACAGCCAGAAGUGCCAGUGAUCCCACGACGCACAGUCUCGCACUCCCAGAAACCGUACAACACCCUCGUGCGGCAACGGUCGGCGUCAGCACUAUCACAGCAGUCCCAUCGCACCGUCUCGACGAAAGCCAGUUUCAGCUUCUCGCGGUCGUCGUCCACCAGCACAAAUACCAGCGUCAGCUCGACCCCGAUGUACCACCACAAAUCCAAGCUCUCGGGCGCGGCUUCCGCUUCGGCAUCAAGCGCGACCGCGCCAUUCCCACCUGCCUCGCCUCCCCGGCCGCAACCGCCCAGCCAGUCGCAGCAUCAACAACAGCACAGGAAGGAGUACUCGGACACGCAACACCCGCUCAUCCAGCACCCGUUCGGGCCCGAGCUGGCCCAGGUGUCGGAGCUCGCAGAGGAGUACGGCGUCAAGGAGCAGGUGACAACCGGCGUGGACGACGCAGAGGAGCAGGAGAUGCUCGCGCGGGGCCUGCGCAAGUUCAGCGCCGACGAGUACCUGAGCGAGGUCCGCGCCUUGUUUGCGAGCUUCAUAAUCCCCGCGCCUAGGCCGGUCGCGGCGGCAUGGAUCUGA